AUGUCAUAUUAUUGGGUAGUUCUGGUCUUAUUUACGACGCAAGCCUUUUCAAUUGAAGAGGAUAAAUCUGCUUAUUAUCAAGAGAAGUGUAUAAGCCAGCGGCUUAUUAAUCAUUAUCAGUUGAACAAAGAAAUCUUUGGUGUGGGAAAGUGCGACGGUAAAAAUGAAAAUAAAUUACGUCAAAAACGCCGUAUUGACCCCACAUUUCAUGGCAAUCCGAAGCCACGAGGUGAACUUUUGGCCAGUAAGUUUCAUGUAAAUUCCUAUAACUUUGAUCAGACAAACUCAUUGGUUGGGCUGGUUAACAAAAUUGCCCAAGAGUACCUUAAUAAAUGUCCACCGGUCAUAUACUAUGAUAGCUUUGUGGAAAAAUCUGACGGAUUGAUUUUAGAGAAUUUGUUUAAGACUAUUCCCAUUACUUUCUACCACGGGGAAAUCAAUUCAGGCUAUGAAGCAAAAAAUAAACGUUUCACGAGCCAUAUAGAUAGCAAUUGCAAGAGCUACAUUCUUUUUCUUUCGGACCCAUUAAUGACGCGAAAGAUUUUAGGUCCGCAAACUGAAAGUCGUGUAGUUCUUGUCUCAAGGUCCACACAAUGGAAACUCCGGGAUUUCUUGUCCUCGGAGCUAUCCUCAAACAUAGUAAAUUUGCUAGUUAUUGGAGAGUCUCUAAUGGCUGAUCCGAUGCGCGAGCGCCCAUACGUGCUCUACACCCACAAGCUCUAUGCAGAUGGACUUGGCUCAAAUACUCCGGUAGUGCUAACCAGCUGGAUAAAGGGAGCUUUGUCACGUCCACAUAUCAAUCUGUUUCCAUCGAAGUUUCAAUAUGGUUUUGCGGGACACAGAUUUCAAAUUUCGGCCGCAAAUCAGCCGCCGUUUAUUUUUCGCAUUCGCACUUUAGAUUCCUCAGGAAUGGGCCAGUUGCGAUGGGACGGAGUAGAAUUUCGUCUGCUGACAAUGAUAUCUAAGCGGUUAAACUUUUCGAUAGAUAUCACUGAGGCCCCAACGCGGUCGAAUACUCGCGGAAUAGUAGACACCAUCCAGGAACAGAUUGUAGAGAGGACAGUAGACAUUGGUAUGUCCGGUAUAUACAUAACUCAGGAACGGCUGAUGGAUUCAGCCAUGUCGGUGGGACACUCACGCGAUUGUGCAGCUUUUAUAACACUUGCCUCGAAGGCGCUGCCGAAAUACAGAGCUAUCAUGGGACCGUUCCAAUGGCCAGUCUGGGUAGCUCUGAUUUGCGUUUACCUCGGAGGGAUAUUUCCGAUUGUUUUUACCGACCGUUUGACACUUAGCCAUUUAAUGGGUAAUUGGGGUGAGGUAGAGAAUAUGUUCUGGUAUGUGUUUGGCAUGUUCACAAACGCUUUCUCCUUCACCGGGAAAUACUCGUGGAGCAACACGCGGAAAAUUUCCACACGCCUUCUAAUUGGAGCAUAUUGGCUCUUUACAAUUAUCAUUACAUCUUGCUACACAGGCUCCAUCAUUGCAUUCGUAACGUUGCCAGCGUUUCCCGACACCGUUGACUCUGUGUUGGAUCUGCUGGGCUUGUUCUUUCGCGUUGGAACCCUAAACAAUGGAGGCUGGGAGACCUGGUUCCAGAACUCCACCCACAUACCGACGUCUAAAUUGUACAAGAAGAUGGAGUUUGUCGGAUCCCUAGAUGAGGGCAUUGGCAACGUUACCCAGAGCUUCUUUUGGAACUAUGCCUUUCUUGGCUCAAAAGCCCAGCUUGAAUACCUGGUGCAGUCAAAUUUUUCAGAUGAAAAUAUAUCUCGCCGAUCGGCGCUUCAUUUAAGUGAAGAGUGUUUUGCUCUUUUCCAAAUAGGCUUUCUGUUUCCCCGGGAGUCCGUGUAUAAAAUGAAAAUAGACUCGAUGAUUUUACUCACCCAGCAAAGCGGUCUUAUUGCAAAAAUCAAUAACGAAGUAAGCUGGGUUAUGCAGCGAUCGUCUUCAGGUCGCCUGCUCCAGGCCAGUUCUUCAAAUUCCUUACGUGAAAUUAUUCAGGAAGAGCGCCAAUUGACUACGGCGGACACAGAAGGCAUGUUCCUGCUCAUGGCACUAGGCUACUUUCUAGGGGCCACAGCCCUGGUGUCCGAGAUCGUGGGUGGCAUUACCAACAAGUGCCGUCAAAUAAUCAAGCGCUCCCGCAAGUCGGCCUCCUCUUGGUCGUCGGCGUCAAGUGGGUCAAUGCAUCGCACGAAAGCCGAGCAACUAUCCCAUGAUAAACGAAAGGCCACCAGACGCGAGGCCGCUGAGGUUGCCCAAAAGAUGAGUUUUGGAAUGCGCGAGUUAAAUCUUACCCGCACAACGCUUCGCGAAAUAUACGGAAGCUACGGGAUUUCUGAAAAAGAUCAUGGUCAGCAGGCUGUCGUUCACGCAGAGUUUCCAAACAGUUCUGGAACAUUGAAUAACAUUGAAGACGUGGAAUCUCAGGAAGCUAUUGAAUCUCUGCAGCGUUUAGACGAUUUUAUGGACCAGAUGGAUAACGAUGGCGAUCUUCACUCCCAGACAUUCAGUAUUGACAAUUAAUCACACAAGUUUUAAAAAUUAUUUUAUUUAGUUGGUGCACCUGAAAAUACAUUUUUCAAAAUAACA